UAUAAUCUGUAUUCGCCAGGAGCAGAAUAUUUAUUAUAGAUUCAAUAAAUUGAGGUUAAAAUAAUCACAAUGAAAUAUUUAAAGUAACCAUGACAUUCAUCACAAUACAGACUAAUUCGGUCGUCUUACUUUGCUAAUAUAUAAUUGGCUACAUAUCAUGUCAAUAGUUCUUGGCUCACCUUGUUGUUAUUGUGUUACAAGUGCUAUCUUUAACUAAUCACUUUGCGGGGCUUGGAACGGAUUUAGCAGCAAUUUCGCAGUCCUCUCGAGAUUAUAGUUAACGCAGAUAAUUAUUAGAAUCUUAAAAAUGGAGAAUAGAAUUAGAUGUUAUGAAGAAAUAUCAUCUGAGACUUUUGAUACAGAAAAUGUGGUCACAGACUCUUCGUCUGAUCAGGUUGAUGUGGAGGCAGUGAUAUUAAAAAUCUUCAAACAGUUUGAGAAGAGUGCUGAAAUAGAACCAGAGUUCCCUGUAAUAAGAAAAAGAGUGCAUUGUCAAUUGUUGAAGGACUAUCUCAGAACUUUACCACAGAAAUAUGAAUGCUUGGAUGCAAGCAGAACAUGGAUUGUGUACUGGGUCCUACACUCACUGUCGUUACUUAAUGAUAUGCCUGAUGCAGAGACAUUGUCUGAUGUAGUGAAGUUUCUAACUCUGUGUCAGCAUGACGAUGGUGGCUAUGGAGGUGGUCCUGGACAGUACCCACAUCUAGGAACCACAUAUGCCGCUGUCAAUGCCCUUAGCAUAAUAGGCACUGAGGAAGCAUAUAACUCUUUAGACAGGAGUAGUUUACAAAAGUUUUUAUGGACUGUGAGAGAUGUUGAUGGGUCAUUUGCCCUUCACAAAGGUGGGGAGCAAGACAUUAGAGGAGCAUACUGUGCUGUCAGUAUUGCUAAAAUUACAAACACAUACACAGAUGCCUUAUUUGAUAAGACAGCUGAAUGGAUAGUCAGCUGCCAGACCUAUGAAGGUGGGUUUGCUGGAUGUCCAGGUAUGGAGGCACAUGGAGGAUAUGCAUUUUGUGGCAUUGCAUCCUUGGCUUUGUUGAAUAAAACACAUCUAUGUGAUGUAGAUGCAUUAUUAAGGUGGUGUGUGAAUCGUCAAAUGCGUUUAGAAGGUGGAUUCCAAGGGAGAACAAAUAAAUUGGUGGAUGGAUGUUACUCAUUUUGGCUAGGAGCUGCAUUUCCAAUAAUCAGUGCUAUCUUAUCUCAAGAAAAUAAAGAAUUGUUAGAAACGGUACUCUUCAACCAAGGUGCCUUACAAGAGUAUGUAAUUAUCUGCUGUCAAGCCUUGCCUGGGGGCGGCUUUAUUGACAAACCUGGCAAGCAUCGAGAUGUUUACCACACUUGUUAUGCUCUGAGUGGGCUGUCAGUGGCACAGCAUGGCACGGGGGCUGGUGACCCCUUCAUAGUCGGCCGACCCAGCAAUGAACUCAACAGAAUACACCCACUCUACAAUGUUGCACCACAUCUUGCGUACAAUGCUGUACACUACUUCAUCAGACAUCCACCACCAGUCAAAGAUAAAAACUAAGUACCCAAUGUUGUUAUCCUUAAAUUUUUUAAGCUUUCUUGAACACAACUCCUGAUGCACCAAUAUUUCAAUCUUUCACACCAUCCCUUCAUAUUUAUUCUGAAAUUAUUGUCUUUGAUUCUUCACAGUUCUAAUUUUAAACAUACAGGAUAUAAUUAUCUAUUCCAUUCCAAUGUGUAGGAAAAUAACUUACAUUGCAGGAAAACAGCUUCCUUACUAAAUGGUAUUAAAUUGAUGUUUUAACUUGUUUUCCAAGUAGUACCAAAAAUGUGUUACAUUUGGAAAACAUUAUUGUUUAAUUACUUCCAAGUAAAUAAGUAUUACAAUUAACAUUAUUUUUAAAUGUUAUAAAUGUUACAUGUUAUUGUUUUAAUGAAAUAAAGUACUUGCUCUCCGCAAUUUAUAUGUAAAAAAUAUUUAUAAUGAGAAAUUAAUCUCAGUAAGAUUUGUGUGGUGGUACAAUUAUUUUGGGUGUACAUAGUAUUUCAAUUUUAUGAUUAGUUAAUUCCACAUUUCCAUUGUGAUUUUCUUGGGUAAACUAAGUCCCUUGUAUCAUCACAUCCCUGCAAUUAUGUAUAAACUAUACAUAAGGUUAGUAAUAAUUUUUGUGCAGUAUAGAUUAAUAAAUAAAAAACUGUGUAAAAUAA